UGCCCAAGCGGGGGGCGGGGUGUCUCGUAGGUGCGCUCUGGUUGUUCUCAGUCCUGCUCCCCGCUGCCCACGCCACCGCCGGCCGCUGCCGUCUCGUCCCGCCGCCGUCGCCGCCGCCGCCCCGCCGCAGCCAUGUCCCAGGAACUGCGGGCCGGGCGAGACGAGAUCCUGGAGUGCCAGGUGAUGUGGGAGCCUGACAGCAAGAAGAACACGCAGAUGGACCGCUUCCGCGCGGCUGUGGGCGCUGCCUGCGGUAUAGCGCUGGACAAUUACGAUGACUUAUAUCAUUGGUCAGUUGAAUCAUAUUCAGACUUCUGGGCAGAGUUCUGGAAAUUCAGUGGAAUUGUCUUUUCACGUAUGUAUGAUGAGGUCGUGGACACAUCAAAAGGGAUUGCAGAUGUCCCUGAGUGGUUCAAAGGCAGUCGUCUAAACUAUGCAGAGAACCUCCUGCGGCACAAAGAGAAUGACAGGGUUGCCCUUUACGUUGCAAGGGAAGGCAAGGAGGAAAUUGUGAAGGUGACUUUCGAAGAGUUGCGGCAAGAAGUGGCUUUGUUUGCAGCAGCAAUGAGGAAAAUGGGUGUGAAAAAAGGCGACCGAGUGGUCGGUUAUUUACCCAACAGUGUGCACGCCGUGGAGGCCAUGCUGGCUGUAGCGAGCAUCGGUGCCAUCUGGAGCUCCACCUCCCCAGACUUCGGUGUGAAUGGUGUGCUGGACCGCUUUUCUCAGAUUCAGCCGAAGCUCAUCUUCUCUGUGGAGGCUGUAGUGUACAAUGGCAAAGAGUACAGCCACAUGGACAAGCUGUGGCAGGUCGUUAAGGGACUACCAGACUUGAAAAAAGUGGUGGUGAUCCCUUACAUUGCUUCCAGAGAGAAGAUAGACCUUUCCAUGAUUCCAAAUAGUGUGUUUCUGGAUGAUUUUCUUGCCACUGGGAGAGGCGAGCAGGCCCCACAGCUGGAGUUCGAGCAGCUGCCCUUCUGCCAUCCACUCUUCAUCAUGUUCUCAUCGGGCACGACCGGGGCGCCCAAGUGCAUGGUGCACUCUGCCGGGGGCACCCUCAUCCAGCACCUGAAGGAGCACGUUCUCCACGGCAACAUGGCCAGCAGUGACAUCAUCCUGUAUUACACCACGGUUGGCUGGAUGAUGUGGAACUGGAUGGUGUCUGUCCUUGGCACUGGAGCAGCAGUGGUCUUGUAUGACGGCUCUCCGCUGGUGCCCACGCCCAAUGUGCUCUGGGACCUGGUUGACCGGAUAGGCAUCACCAUCCUUGGAACAGGAGCCAAGUGGCUAUCUGUGCUUGAAGAGAAAGACAUGAAGCCAGUGGAAACCCACAGUCUCCAGACACUUCAUACAAUCCUGUCCACUGGUUCCCCACUGAAAGCCCAAAGCUAUGAAUACGUCUACAGCUGCGUCAAGAGCAAUGUCCUCCUGGGCUCCAUCUCAGGGGGCACCGACAUCAUCUCGUGCUUUAUGGGCCAGAAUCCCUCUGUUCCUGUGUACAAAGGGGAGAUCCAGGCCCGGAACCUGGGCAUGGCCGUGGAAGCCUGGGAUGAGGAAGGAAAGGCAGUGUGGGGAGAGAGUGGUGAGCUGGUGUGCACCAAGCCGCUUCCCUGCCAGCCCACACACUUCUGGAACGACGAGAAUGGGAGCAAGUACAGGAAGGCAUAUUUCUCCAAAUUCCCAGGUGUCUGGGCGCAUGGUGACUACUGCAGGAUCAACCCCAAGACCGGGGGCAUCAUCAUGCUGGGCCGGAGUGAUGGCACGCUCAACCCCAAUGGAGUGCGAUUCGGCAGUUCGGAAAUCUAUAACAUUGUCGAAGCCUUCGAGGAGGUGAUGGACAGCCUCUGCGUCCCCCAGUACAACAAGGAUGGGGAGGAGAGGGUGCUCCUUUUCCUGAAGAUGGCUUCCAGCCACACGUUUGAACUUCACCUGGUGCAGCGCAUCCGCGAUGCCAUCCGCGUCGGCCUAUCGGCCCGGCACGUGCCCAGCCUCAUCCUGGAGACCAAGGGCAUCCCGUACACCCUCAAUGGCAAGAAGGUGGAAGUGGCCGUGAAGCAGAUCAUUGCCGGCAAGGCUGUGGAACACCGUGGUGCCUUCUCAAACCCUGAGACCCUGGAUCUGUACUGGAGCAUCCCUGAGCUGCAGGACUUCUGAGUGGACUGGCCUGCACGUGUUUCAGCCAUACACGUUGGUACCAUAGCUCAUGUACACUCAAAUGACUAAUGAGCCCGCAGCACUUUCAGAGGGAGUGUGACCAAGUGCUUUGGGCCUGGGAAGAAUAAUUUCUGUUUUGUAGUUCUGUCGAGUGGGUGCCUGAGUCUUCUGUUCUAGAACGGAGUCCUGAUCUUUGGAGCCGACAGGAGCUGGGGGGUGUCUGUUGUGUGCAUGGCCAUGCUUUGAGAGUGUGUCCUUGCACAUGUGUGCUUGAAUGCACGCGCUGCAAGGAGCUGGGGUGGCUUGUGCGUGCAGUCAUAGCCAAUGCCCAGUCACGUGUACAGUGCUGGCUGGCACCCGAGGAGCGCCUUGCCUUCAGUCUCACACCUGUGGUUCUGUUUCGCUUGUGGAGGCACAGACCAGUCUCCUCCCUUGAUGGUGGUCUCCCGGCUCCGGCUGCUGUCCAUCAGGGCCUGUCCAGCUGCUGUUGUGUGGGAAGCUGCCCCAGUGUGACUUAAUGCCAUCUUCUUAGAGAUGAUGGUUAGGACCCUGGCGGCCUACUGCCUCUUAUGUUGUGUAUGUGUCUUGGAUGGAGUACAUGUGGUCCCUAGUGGAACUGCGUGUCACACGCCAACCGAACCAUACUUCCCAGAGAAAGCCCCUCUGGAGAACAGUGGAUUUCAUGCUUUAAUAGGCUCUCUCUUUCACAGAGUUUGAGUGGUUUCCAAAAAUUUUAAUAUUAAUUAUCUGGUGUGUGCAUGCAUUUGAAAUGGAUGCCCACCCUGUGGGUGGUAUUGCUCAUGGGGGUGCAGGCGAGUCCCCCCAGGCUACAGGUCGCUGUGGAUCCCCAGAGGUAGGGCUGCCUGGCCUCAGGGAACGUGGCCUCACCACACUCCUCACCUUGGAGCCCCUGGAACCUUCCUGGCAACGUGGUGUCAUCAGCAGUUGUAAAUUGUGUCAUGUGUGUGAUAGCUGGGUGGUUUGUAUGUACCUUUCAGUUCAGUAUAUUAACAAAUUUCUGUAAUUCUGUUGUUCAUUUUUAUAUUUUUUAAAACUGAGCACAAUGAAAAACUUUGUUGAAUCCUUUUUCUUCUAGAUUAUAAAAAUAUAAGAGGAAAAGUACUAUGAGGAAUUUAAUGCAAUAAACAAACACAUGUAUGUGCACACACCUA